UACUUUGGGACUCAGAGCGAAAUGUUUCGCUGUCAGUCGAAAUAGAGCGCUCUUGCUGCUUGCCGCUUACGUCGUAUGCUCUUGAGCGCGUGUACACACAUAUAUACAUAAGUCUGUAAAAUACGAAAUAUUUAUACAUGCAUAUUACGACCGUGGCGGCGUGUGUACAUGUGCAGGUCUCAAUCCGGUCGCGUUGUCCAUCUGACACGUAUCAUAAACGUGAUUGAUGCUGUCUCUACGACGAGAAGGCGGUUUAUUUCGCUUCACACCUGACAUCGAUCCUCGUCGAGUUGCACGCUGAUAAGGACAGAAGAGCAGGGAGAAGACAAAAAGACUACGGAGUUCUCAACGAAAAUCUCGCCAAUCGAAAUGCCGAGAGGGAUGCCGACAGGGAUGGCGAUCGUCAUACGUUAGCGGCAAGAUAGACAGAGGCCCGGCUGGCACCAAAGAAUUCUGCACAUUGAAACAACAGCAGCAGUAGCAGACGAACCGUUGUCGAGGAACGAAAGUACCCCACUCCAUCUUCAACCACGCCCGUUUGGGGUGGAUAGGAUCGUGGAAAGAGCGAAAGUCCAACGAGAACAAGGAAGCUGGGCCAAGUACUGUAUUUGGUGUUGCGACGUAUACCACGUCGCCUGAUAAUCACAGCUCAAGCUGCAGAGCAGUUGUUGCAGCGGCAGCAUGCGAUCCUCUGUUUUGGAAAAUUCCCUGAUGUCUCUUGAGAUUGGCACUUACAAGGACUCAAGUUCUAUAUCGACUGCCAGUAUAGAAUACAGCCCGCAGUCUGAGGAAUCCGAAUUGCAACAGGAUAUCAUGUCGGAGAGCUAUGACCCGGGCGAAGGACCCUCCAGUGGCAACUUGCAAGAUAAAUGCUCGAUUUGCGACUUUGCUACGCACGAUAGGCAAGAGAUCAUUCAUCAUUUGACCGAGCACAUCAUGUCUAGAACCAACAGCAGCUUGGAAGUUAUCAACAUGGCGUUAAACCAGUUGCGGCAUUUCCAUAACCAGGAAAGGCAUUCCACGCCGUUAAGGAACGACAGCCAAGACGACGACAAAUGUGCUGAAGAGCCGGGAGUGCUGGUGCCCCGCAUGAACUCCCAAGGCAAGGUAAAGACCUUCCCUUGCAAGAACUGCGACUUCAAGGCGGUGACGAAACUCGAGUACUGGCGUCACAUACGGAUCCACAUUAAGCCGAGCAAAUUGAUGUGUUGCUACAAGUGCCCGUUUGUGACUGAGUACAAACAUCAUCUCGAGUACCACCUGUUGAACCAUACCGGUGCCAAGCCGUACAAGUGUUCCAUGUGCUCGUACACAUGCGUGAAUAAGUCCAUGCUUAACAGUCACAUGAAGUCGCACUCGAGCGUCUAUCAAUAUAGGUGCAUGGAUUGCGAGUACGCCACCAAGUAUUGCCACACGUUGAAGCAACACCUGCGCAAGUACAAUCACCAGCCAGCGGCGGUAUUGAACGUGGAUGGCACACUGAGCCCGAUGGUGAUCGAUGUCUACGGUACGAGACGCGGUCCUAAGCAGAGGCCAAAGAACAGCGACAAUAAAACAUCGACAGCGACAGCGACGGCCACUGCGACGGACGAGCUGAGCACGAGCACCGCCACGCAAACGAUGGCCAGUGGCGAAGGUAACAGCAGCAACAGCAACGACAACGUCCAGCCGUCCACGUCGUUGUCACCGCAGACGUCACCGCAGGCGUUGCCGUCAAUGUCGUCUAGAUCGGCGCUCGUGCCCACAUCAUUCACCUUAGGCGUCAGCAUGUUAGCCAAUAUAUUCAACGGCAGAAAGGGUAACAACCUGGUGCUACAGAAGAACGAACAAACGAGUCAGGAGAGAGUCCAUUUUCCAUUCCGAUCCCAUAUAUGCACGCUGAACAUGGAGACGCAACAGCUAUUGCCAAACGGCGGUUUCGGCUUCGACGAGAUUUCGCAGAUGACGGCGCCCAGCGACGAGGCGGAACGGCAGAGCUCCGAGGGCGCAGAGGAGGAAAUGGCGACUCCAGCGACGAGUACCGCGAAGGUCGGCGAGUACAAGACUCUAGAAGGCUCCACGAUCGAGAACACGAUUAUGCCGUUGGACUUGACCUCGGGUUCCUCGCUGAGGAACGAGGUCGCCGCCAGCAAGCUGCCGUACCAGCAGUUACCGUUGAAUCUGGCGAGCUCGCCGAAGGUUGGUACCAGGAGACGCAAGGGCGUCGCCAUCAAGCUCGAGCAUCGAAUAGUGGAAAAGGAAGAGGACACGGACGAGGAGAUGAUGCAGAACGAGAAGCGACUCUGCCAGUCGAUCUCGCCGCAGGCCGCGUCGGCUCCGUCGAUCUCGCUCGUGGCCUCGCCGACCCCGUCGACCUCGCCGCAGGCCGCGUCCAUUCCGUCGAUCUCGUUCGUGGCGACUCCCACUUCGUUAACCUCGGUUAUAGCCGCGUCGACGGCACCGUCGUCCUCCCCGGGAAAGGACUCUGCCGGCGACUCUGCGUGCCCGGGUCAGAAGUACGAGGAGACAUCGAUGCAGAGCGAAUCGCCCGGCAGCCAGGAUCGCUUCGUGUGCUCAUACUGCGACAUACCGUUCCCCGACCAGACGGUAUACAUUGCACACGCGCGUUAUCACAGCAUCGCGGAGCCCUUUACGUGCAAUAUGUGCGGUACAUCGUACGGCAACAUGCAAAAAUUUAAUUUGCACAUCUUCGAGAAGAAAUGUCUCAAACAGCACGAGAUUGCGAGCUCCAGCUGUCAUUGCACGGUUGAAAGGCUAGCGUUGGAUCUGCAAGACGCCAACGAACGGAUCCAUCUAAUGGCGACCUUCCUUCCCGACGAGAUAUUACGCGGAAUCGUUCUGUCACAGAAAAGCUCGCGAAGCUUUCGCGCCGUUCUGUUGUUGCUGAAUACGUCAGGUUUCUCGGCCUUGUUCACCAGAUACAUCCACGACGAGAACGUGGGCAGUCUGAGGUUCACGACAAUCUUGAACGAUUACAUCGGUGCGGUUGCGCGUGAAGUGUACCGAAGUGAAGGAGACAUAUUGAAGCUUUCUGCGGGAGGCUUGCUGGCGGCGUGGAAGGUGGGCGACGAUCAGUUCACGUUCGACACCGUGCAAAAAGUGAUCGAGUGUGCGAUUCGCAUCCGCGACUCGAAUCAGGACGGCCGCGUUCCCCGGACGAAUAUCACGAUCUCGGCCGGCGAAGUGACGCUCUCCGUGAUCGGCAACGAUGAGGCCAGGGACUUUGUGGUCCACGGCGCGGCCAUCAGCGACUUGUGGCAUGCCGGGAAAGCGUCGCGGUCCAACGACCUGGUGUUGUCGUUCAGCGCGUGGCGUCAUUGCACCCCAAGCCAGUACGAAUACGUUGUCAAGGACUCGCGCAACGUCAAGAUAAUCAAGACGUUGAUGCAAUUCGAUAAGAAACCAACACGCAUAUCGAACGCUGACGCCAACUCAACGUCUGCAGCAAGGAUGUCUGUCACGGACCGCAUGAAUAUGCGUACAAUAUUCACCAACGAGGAGUUCCAAUUCGUGUCGACGGCCGCUGAUUCUAAGGAGAGAACUUCUACUACGACACCGAUCUCUGCGAUCGCGACGACGAAUCUGCAUUUCAAAACGUUGCUGAAGAGCCACUUGAUGAAGUCGGUAGUCCAGCAGAUCGAGAGGGAUCAGCCGUUGGAUUUUUUCGCGGCGAUCAGACAUGUCACCACGGUCUCCCUUGACAUCGUACCCGAUAAGUAUACGAACGACGAGUUGAUCGAGAGGGAUCAGCCGUUGGAUUUUUUCGCGGCGAUCAGACAUGUCACCACGGUCUCCCUUGACAUCGUACCCGAUAAGUAUACGAACGACGAGUUGGUUCUCCUAAUCGACAAGUGCUUUCUACUUGUGCACAGUGUGGUCACGCAAUACGCGGGCUACAUCGACGCGAUAAAUCUGUGUGAGAAGAGUUUUCUGUUCCGCAUAGUAUUCGGAAUGGCGGACGAUCAACGACGAGGGAUCGAGGUCGACGAGGCUUGCAGAAACGGAGUUACUUGCGCGAUACAAGUGCUACGGACAGUGAAGAGUAUUGCCCGGAUUUACAACGUGUCUGUCGGCGUCUCGACUGGACUGGCCUACUGCGGUGUGAUCGGCAACGUCAUGCGGAAGCAUUAUGCGGUCAUUGGCCCGUCUGUCGACAGAGCUGCAGGGAUAAUGAAUGUUUCUUACGAUAAGGUCUCUUGCGACUACAACACCGUGUUGCACAGUCGCCUGAACAAGGAUCAGUUUCGCUCGCGAGGUCUAAAGACACUGGGGCCGUCGGAGAAGGGCCAGGUGUACGAGUACCUCGACGGCGCGCCACAAGAGGACGACCCGGAUAAGACCUCGUCCGCGGAGUAUUGCUAUCCCAUUCUGGGCAGGCAGCAAGAAUUGGAUAAAUUCGACGACGUCUUGGACGAGAUCGGAGUCGCUGGGCGAACCUACUCGGGACUGUUGAUCGAGGGUGGUGAAAGGUCCGGAAAAUCGAGGCUGUUGGACGCCUUCGUCGCGAGCGUUCGCAACCGGCAAAUACGGACGAUCGAGCUCUCGCUUCACGCGACCUACGCGGAGAAGACUCACGCGGCGGUGCAUCACGUUAUCCUGCAGAUACUGGAGGCCGAGGACUGCGACACGAUCGAGGAGCGACAAAAGGUGUUACUAGCCAAAUUAGCGGGCGUUAUCACUCCGGAAGAUCUCUGCUAUCUCAACGAUCUGAUGAGGGUUCAUUUUUCUUUAUCGGACACUUACUGCUCGGACUCCAGUUUGCGACGUCAUAAGAAGACCGUUGGUAUCUUUGAGACGAUACUGAAGCAGUUAACAACCAAAAUCUGCAUCCUGCUCGACGAUGUUCAGUAUAUGGAUAAUGCGUCCUGGCAAUUUUUGUCCUCGGCUCUGAACCACGACCACGUGGUUGUGGCGAUGACGAUGCUGACGACAGAGCCGAGCGUUCAGCAUUAUACAUCUCGCACGCAAGCGGUGAUCCGCGGAGACUCGAGGCUGAUGAAGCAGACGCUAUACGGUCUGGAUCCGCAUCUGCUGCCGGCGCUAGCCUGCCAAUUUCUCAACGUCUUCGCAAUACCUAGAAAAUUGAGCAGGACCUUACUUGCGUCCACAGAAGGCCACAUCGGAUGGUUCGAGGUGUACCUCAUGUUGCUCCUGCAGAGCGAUGCGUUGGACCUGAUCAGGAUAUCGCCGAGUGAGGCGAGUCGACGUGAUCUUGUUUUCCCGGACGGCCGCAUGAUCACGAGACUGCCCGUUGACCUGACGCCGCAUGAGCUGUCGCCACCCCGAACUUGGUCGCAGAUGAGCUACUUGUACGUGUGCGACGUGAAUGAGCGUUACACGGACGAAAUCUCCAAGAUGGACCGUGACACAAGAGGAUUGAUGUACAAAAUUUAUGAGGGGAUGACUCCCUUCGAACGAAGCUUCAUCGCCUGUGCCGCGACGCUGGGUACGGUGUUCAAACGAAAUGUGCUGCUAAAAGCGAUCCCAGGCGUGGAUGACGCCGCCAACACCGCCAUUUCGAUGAUGUUCCGCACAAGAAUACUGGAGUGUGCCUCGCUCCAGCGACGGGACUUCCUCUCUGAGGAUCUCGUCCUCUGCAUACUCAAGAAGCGGCGCACCUUCUCCGACAUGCGUCAUUCGGUGACUUGCGGCUGCCACUUCUUGCGUCGGACUGUCGUCGACACCCCUUCGCCUCUCGGUGCUCACUGCAAAACGCUGGAAUUCAAGGUCGACUCGUUUCGCAAGAUGGUAUAUGACGCGCAGUCGGAUAAGGAUAAGCGGCGGUAUCAUGCGAAAGCGGUCGAAAUUUAUAGCCGAAACGCCCGAAAGUGCAACUCCUGCGGCGCCGGCGCUUUCCUCAGAGUUCCCGGCGAGGACAUAUCCAUGAGGAGAAAGAACGAUAUACAAACGGCCAGAAUAUUGUUGGCACGUCGUAAAAUGAUUUUCACGGAUCCGUGGAACAGGAAGAAGUCAUUUGUCGCGGAACGAAGCAAAUUCUCCGCGGCGAGGAGGCAAGAAUCCGUCAACGACACUCCCAGAGUGUCAAUCAUGCCGACGUAUCUCGACCACGUCGACGAGGACGAAGGCGAGGUCAACAAGAUAAUCAACUUUCUCAUGGAGUAUAGCUCCGGGCUGAUCCAAAUAGCGCAACCGUCCCACGCUAUCAAGCUGCUCGUAAUCGCCGCCGAGAAGAACGAGAGGACUGCUAGAGUCAACGAUAACGCGGAAGAAAGCGUCAUGAACAGAGGAAUUAUUCUAGCCUUGAUAGUUAGAUUUAGUCUGGCUAAUGGAAUAGGAGUUCCGGGUCAUUUUAAAGAAGAAGAAGUUUUAAAAAUACUUGAAAAUUUAUUUGUGGGAUAUAAAGUUUAUUUUUGUGAGAUAAACUUUAUAUUCUGCAAAAGAAUUUUCAAGUACUUCUCUCUUUGUCAGUAUCUCUCUCACUCCUUGUCUCGCUCCUCAGGGGACGCGCACAGUGCUUUGGGUAAUUACGCUCAGGCUUACAGAUCUUAUGAGGCGGCGGUAACGCUGCAGGGGGCCCCUUUGAAAAUACACAAAGUCGUGUGCUGCGGUCCGCUGAUGACCAUGAAAAUUCACCGGGAAUUUUACGAUCUUUCUAAUGAUAUGACUAACGAGAAAUCAGCACGACAGGCAACGAAGAGGCUGGAAUUGGCGUCUUACACACGACGACUUUGUCUUGCGCUCGCGAGAGAAGGCAGAAUGAAAGCGGCGAAGCUGUUCGCCCUGCAAAGUUUCAAAGCGAGCUUUCCGAGCUUCGACGGUUUCCUGGAGAAAGGCGAGACAUAUCUGGCGGCCGUUCGAGUUACCUGUCGCACCGACAACAACAAGUUCACGCGAUACAUCGAGAAACCGAUGUUGACUGUGAUAGAGACGAAGUUCGGUUGGAACAACGUCGAGGAGAUAGCGAUGCUGGCCAAGAUCUACUUCGCGAUGUAUCAAGUCAGAGCGUUAAAGGGUGAGUUGGAGGAUGCUGUAGACAUGGGUGUCAAAGUUUUGAGGAUAUCCCGAACAUUACACCUAAACGACUUGUCGUUAGUCAUUAUGCCGUCGUUAAUUGAAAUAAUGCUAUGGACCAAACGUAUCAACCAGGCCGUCGACCUGAUGGCGGAGCUGUACUUUAUAGCGGAGGAGGACGUGGAUCUGUCCGCCAAGACCUGGUAUUACGCUCUCUCCUUAGAGCUCUUGGUCGACGCUGGUGUACUCCUGGAGUCGUACGAGACGUCUCUCAAUUAUUACGAGAAGUUCAUAGCUUACAGAUCGAAGUCCUACGUGACGCGCGACCCGCAAAGCUGCCGCCGCUUGGUGACGUGCCUGUGGAUCUACCAACUCAGGAUGGGACACACGCUCACCGACACAACUGUGUGCAAUGUGGACGAGUACGUGGAAGGUGUGGAUCGCGAUCGCGAUUUUACUCGGGUUUUCACGUGCUGCAAGGUGCGCGAAAUAAAAGAUGUUUCUUCCUUAGUAUUACGUCACAUGCGAUUAAAAAAUAAGAAAGGGUCAUAAUAAUAUAAACGUAAUAUAUACGUAAUAUUACAAAAUGAACCAAAAUGGUGAUCGAUUUAUAGCGUUUAAUUCGAAUUUUUGUUUUCGAAGUUGGUUAUCGAAGUUGUUUUAGAAUAAAUAUUACUACAAAAUUACAUAGUAAUUUACAUAGUAAUUACAUAGUAAAACAAUUUCGAUAACCAAAUAUAAACGAAAAUUCGAAUUAAACACUUUAAAUCGACCAUUUUGGUACCAC